GGGGGCUUCUUCUCAGUGACUGUUCAGAAGGGAAAAUCCUGAUUGUGGAGCUACUGCGCCAAUGGUGUGGUCCCGGACUUGUAGCUGACCCGCUCAUUGCGCGGAGAAGUGGGGGACACCGGGGGAGGUCUGCUGCCGGUUCCUCUGGUUCGAUUCAAAGGCGCAUUGGAGAAACGAAGAGAAGAAGAAGGCUACUGUGCUUCGAACCCCCAAUCGCGCACCGUUUGUGAAUGGUUCCGUGGGUAUAACACGGUUGGGACUGUGCGGAGAGUGUGAGCAGCCCGGGAUUGUGGCUCUGUUUACAUGAGCGCGUUAUGACAAUGGAUUACAUUCUGCUCUUGUGCAGCUUCUUGCUGCCCGUCGCCACCGCAGUUGAAGAAACACUGAUGGACACCAAGUGGGCCACUACAGAGUUAGCCUGGACUUCACACCCUGAGACUGGGUGGGAAGAAGUGAGUGGCUAUGAUGAUGCCAUGAAUCCCAUUCGGACUUACCAAGUAUGUAAUGUAAGAGAGCUCAACCAGAAUAACUGGCUACGCAGUGACUUUAUCCCAAGAAAAGAUGUGCUGCGUGUAUACGUAGAGAUGAAAUUCACAGUGCGUGAUUGCAACAGCAUCCCAAACAUCCCAGGUUCCUGCAAAGAGACCUUCAACCUCUUCUACUAUGAGUCUGACUCCGACUCAGCCACAGCAACCAGUCCAUUCUGGAUGGAAAACCCAUAUGUGAAAGUGGACACCAUUGCCCCAGAUACAAGCUUUUCCAAACUCGAUUCCGGAGUGGUUAACACUAAAGUCAGAAGUUUUGGGCCUUUGUCUAAAGCCGGGUUCUACUUGGCCUUCCAGGACCUUGGGGCUUGCAUGUCACUCAUCUCAGUGAGGGUUUUUUAUAAGAAGUGCUCCACCACCAUUGCAAACUUUGCAGUAUUUCCAGAAACAGCAACUGGAGCUGAGGCAACUUCUUUGGUGAUUGCACCUGGAACGUGUGUCCCCAAUGCCUUGGAGGUGUCUGUGCCACUAAAGCUCUACUGCAAUGGCGAUGGGGAAUGGAUGGUUCCCGUGGGUGCCUGCACCUGCUCAGCUGGUUUUGAACCAGCCAUGAAGGACACGCAAUGCCAAGCUUGCAGCCCUGGCACUUUCAAGUACAAGCAAGGGGAAGGCAUCUGCUUGCCUUGUCCCACAAACAGCCGUGCCAGCGCUGGAGCGGCAAGUGUUUGCUCCUGUCGAAACGGUUACUACCGCUCAGACAUAGACACACCCGACUCCCCAUGCACAACUGUUCCUUCCGCCCCACGCAAUGUCAUCUCCAGUGUGAAUGAAACUUCGCUUGUCCUGGAAUGGAGUGAACCACGGGAUCUGGGUGGCCGCGAUGACACCUUCUACAACGUCAUCUGUAAGAAGUGCCUGCCUGAACGGGGAAUGUGUUCCCGCUGCGAUGACAAUGUGGAUAUCUCGCCGCGCCACCUGGGUCUGACCCAGCGCAGAGUGGCAGUCCGCAACCUACAAGCCCAUACACAGUACAGCUUUGAGAUCCAGGCCGUCAAUGGAGUUUCGAACAAGAGUCCUUACACACCUCAGUUUUCUGCUGUGAACAUCACCACUAAUCAGGCCGCUCCGUCUGCAGUACCCACAGUUCACCUGAUGGCAGCCACUGCGAGCACCAUGAGCCUGUCCUGGCUGCCUCCAGAAAAACCCAAUGGAAUAAUUUUGGAUUAUGAGAUUAAGUACCAUGAGAAGGUAAGAAGAAAUGAUCAGGGCGAAGCCAUCGCUCAUACAAUGACGGCCCAACGAAGCAAUGCCCGCAUCGAAGGUCUCAAGGCUGGUACACCUUAUGUGGUGCAGGUCCGUGCACGAACAGUGGCUGGUUAUGGCCGUUAUAGCAGCCCAGCUGACUUCAGUACCAACCUGCAAACUGACCCACCGAAAUUGUGGCAGGAGCAACUACCCCUCAUCGUAGGAUCAGCCACUGCAGUCUUUGUCUUCAUCAUUGCUGUUGUAGUCAUCGCCAUUGUCUGCCUCAGAAAGCAAAGGAAUGGUUCGGAGUCAGAAUACACAGAGAAACUACAGCAGUACAAAUCCCCUAUAGUCACUCCUGGAAUGAAGGUCUACAUUGACCCUUUCACCUACGAGGACCCCAACGAAGCUGUGAGGGAGUUUGCCAAAGAGAUUGACGUCUCAUGCGUGAAGAUCGAGGAGGUCAUCGGCGCAGGUAACCCACCAAAGCUCCUGAGCUACAGGGGGAAGACUGCUAGUCACCUCCAGGCCAUACCGUUAGAGGACUUCACACCAAGCGGUACUUUCACUCAAUUCAUCGGAGAGUUUGGUGAGGUAUGCCGAGGUCGCCUCAAGCUUCCUGGCCGCCGUGAGAUCAUUGUUGCUAUCAAGACUCUCAAAGUGGGCUACACUGACCGACAGAGGAGAGACUUCCUCUCAGAGGCAUCCAUUAUGGGCCAGUUUGACCACCCCAAUAUCAUCCGCUUGGAAGGUGUGGUCACCAAGAGUCGACCAGUGAUGAUUGUGACUGAAUUCAUGGAAAAUGGAGCACUGGAUUCUUUCCUUAGGCUCAAUGAUGGGCAGUUCACAGUGAUUCAGCUCGUUGGCAUGCUGCGUGGCAUCGCAGCAGGAAUGAAGUACCUUUCAGAUAUGAAUUACGUGCAUAGAGACUUGGCUGCCCGUAACAUCCUGGUCAACAGUAACCUGGUGUGCAAGGUGUCUGACUUUGGCCUAUCUCGUUUCCUUGAGGAUGACCCUACAGACCCGACCUACACAAGCUCACUAGGAGGGAAGAUCCCUAUUCGAUGGACGGCACCGGAGGCGAUUGCCUACAGGAAGUUCACCUCAGCAAGUGACGUGUGGAGCUACGGCAUUGUCAUGUGGGAAGUGAUGUCAUAUGGAGAGCGGCCAUAUUGGGACAUGAGCAAUCAAGAUGUGAUAAAUGCUGUGGAGCAGGACUAUCGACUGCCCCCGCCGAUGGACUGCCCCACAGCACUACACCAGCUCAUGUUAGACUGCUGGGUGAAAGAGCGCAACCUGCGGCCCAAAUUCACUCAGAUUGUUGCCACCCUGGAUAAACUAAUCCGCAAUGCCGCAAGCCUCAAAGUGGUCACUAACAGCACACAGUCUACCGGGGUAUCCCAACCCUUGCUUGACCGCUGCGUGCCAGACUACACAACUUUCACCACUGUGGGAGACUGGCUGGACGCCAUCAAGAUGAGCCGCUACCAUGACAAUUUCAUCAAUGCCGGAUUUGCUUCCUUUGACCUGGUUGCCCAGAUGACAGCAGAGGACUUGCUGAGGAUAGGGGUUACAUUGGCCGGCCACCAGAAGAAGAUUCUAGGUAGCAUUCAGGACAUGAGACUACAGAUGAACCAAACACUUCCUGUCCAGGUGUGAAGAAAGAGGCUUCCACAGUGUUGCAGUUGCAAGACGGCCAGUUUGAGAUAGAAAAGGGGGAGGAACCGUGCCAGAUUGAGCCAUUGGAAAAAUCCAAGCUGCCUGACCCAUCUCUGCCAAUUAGACACUACAAAACUGACUUGCAGUGCCUCAGACUUGUUUACUUUUUGUUUUUCACCACCACCACUUCCUGUUUUAUGUUAUUCAUCAUGUAGUUUUUUCUAUUCAAUCACAACUUGUGUGUCCCUGAAAGAGGGGUCAGUUUACCCAUCCCAUUGACGCCUCACCAGGUUUGGUGUAGGCUGACUUUGCAUGAUUGUGUGUUAGGGAGCUUGUCUUUGGUAACUGAAAUGUCACAGUGAUCCUGAUGUGAGAACCCCCUUCCCUCAGCCCUGCAACCCAGCUUUGAUGGACAAUAGCAAAGAAUGAAGAUGCUGGAAGAAAGAAAAAACUAAAAGGAGAGAGUUGACAAUUCUUUCCCUGAAGUUGUUUCACUGAGCAUGUGUUGUUUACCAUCUUCAUAUUGAAGAUGUGUUAUGUAUAAAAGGGCACUUGCUCAAGAAGGGUGAGGUGCUAUGAUGAACUGAAGGAAAGCAUCAGAUAAUUAUGGAGGUCAGUCAAAUACUUGUUUAAGGACAGUUGGACUCAUGCUGACCUGAAGGAGGGUUUUUACAAGAUCGGGAUCAUUUGCUCAUCAACAGUUUCAUUGAAAAAAAAAAUGUUUUUAUUUUUUUUUUUGUCCACAUUGAACUUUUUCCUUUCAUUUAGACUUUCUUAAAUUUUAGAGAGAUUUGUGGUUUCAAAAUGGCUGGUCAAAAUGAAAUACCCCAAGUGGACUCUUGCUGUGAGAUGGGGACACAAUGACUGUGGCAACACAAUAGACAGACCACUAGGCCUUUUUAGUGUGUGUAUGUGUGCGUCUGUGUGUGUGAGUGAGCGUAUGUGUAAUUAAGUGUGCUUGGAUGUGCAGGUGUGUCACGUUGCACACAAGUAUACUGUACAAUACAGCUUCCGCUAUUUGCCACUGUGGAGAAUUAACGCAUGAACUGAACCGUGACAAGGAGCAAUUAUAUCUGGAACAAUUAUGCUAUAUUCUGUGGACAACUGUUAAAAACAUCCUUUUUUUACGGAAUCAGAAAGUCAACUUUGGAGAAACAUAUAUAUGCAUAUAUGGUAUGCAGAGAAACCCAUCGUGGACAACUUUCUUCUUACUAGUACAUGGAUUAAGAAAUAAUCAAAAUUAUUGUUUUAAUUUGUUGACAUCCUUCCCCAUGUAUUUAUUUGUGACCCAUCCCCUCUCCCACACCUCCCGACCACCAUCUACCAAAUGGAUCAUUAGACCAUUUGGGAACCUGGACAUGAAACAAUCAGAUGGAAACGCAAAGAGGAUUCAGCUGAUGAAUUGAUGAUGAUUAAAAAUUAAUAAUAAUAAAUGACAUAUACAGUACAUUGCAUAUUGUAUUUUGUUGUCGCUCCAAACAGCAAGUACAUGUUUUGUAAGAACCGUAGAAUAUGUAACUAUGAAACAAAGCAUUCUUUGGCGACAUGAAAUAUCAUGAAGGCGUAGGGAUGAAGAGAGAGAUGAAGAGCAGCUCGGCUAGCUGAGUGCUUUAGUUAAAGGUAAUAAAUUAAACUACAAUCUCAUGUUGAUUCUUAGUAAGAGAUAUUUCAACUUCUGAAUCCAUGCUCUAAAUGUAAACUGACCUUUUGAAGCAGUGAGUAGUGAACAAAAUGUUGGCAUAUUUUUCAAUUCAAAAACCUUUUUCGUCAACUUAUUUUAUGUAGAAUUUUAAGCAUACAGUAAGAGGUAGUUCAAACAAAAGUACAUUUUAUUAACUAGCCCUGAGAAGAGGUUCCAUGCAAGGAUCUUCAGUAAAAGAUGAUCUUCAUCAAAGAAUCCAGAGCUGUCAGAAGAGAAACCUAUUGGUCUUGUCUGUCAGGUCCAUUAAUGCUUCUAACUGGUCUGACUUUGCUGGGACACGGUGAACACAGACAUAUGGCAGGCUGACCUAUCAUUAUCUCUCUUCAUUUCCUGUCUGGCCUGCAAUCAUCCUGUCUCGGCACAGGCUUCUGCUGAUGAACAGUUCUGGCAUGCACACGAGCAAAACCUGCAGGCACCAUCUUACUAAAUAAUUGCAUCAAUUUCAUACACACCAGUCGAGAAGUCAUGCUUGUCAACUUCCAGACAGUGUGUUCUUUAAGUUUCGAAGGUGAAUGCAUUUGUAUGUGAAUGCUACAGCAGGUGUGUAUUGAUGUGAUAUUGUGAUAUUGUUUGUGGCCAUGCAUAUGUCUCUCCUGUAUAGAGAGUCCCGUUAAUAGCCAUAGGGGAAAUUAUGCAAAACAACCAUGGGGUUCCUUUUUUUUUUUCUUUCCCUAUGCUACAAUGCUUUCUCCACAGACUGCCACUAGUGCACUUCAGGGCCUACUCGCCUUUUAGAAUUAUGCUGUACCACAAGGUAAUAUUAUCAGUCGACAAUAGAGCACUACUCAAUCAGGCUCAAUGUUGUAAAUAAGUACAAAUGCAGUAUACAGUACCAUUCGAAUUUCAGAUUGUACUUCCAUUUUCAAAACGGUACCAAAUUACUGCUCCACUCUGUACCGCACUUACCAAUCUGUGGUACUCACUGCAGUGGCAAAGUAACCAAACGAGGCCAGACACACUCCAACUCAUUGAUUGUUGGCACAGAUUUGCCACUUGCAAGCAACAACGAGAACAAAAUAAGAUCCCAAAAUGCACCUUUUAUUUUCAAACAGCCACAUACCAAGACGAAAGAAAACAAAAUGCUGGAUAUUCUUCAUAUUUGUACUUUUUUUUUUUACUUUUUGUGUAUCUCUUUGUUGAUUUAAAUGGUGUAUUACACCGUGUUGCACUGGAAUGGUGAUCUACACACACUGUUGUUAUAACACAAGUAAAAUUAGGAUUUAAAAUUUUAAAUUGUACUGUGGCAAGCAGAACUGUACUGUUUUGGAUAUAUAUAUAUAUAUAUAUAUACUGUACACAGCAGCAGACGUGCCCACAAAAAAAAAAAAAAAAAAAAAAAAACUGUGUUUUGGCGUUUGCAUGAACAUUAAAUGGCCUCUACUUCCACCACAGACCAUUUGAAGUGCUUGUAAUAUUUAACAUUUACAUGACAGAAAAGAACUUAAAUCGUCGGUGACUGUCCUGGCUGCUGUAAAAAGGUUAUGUCAAUGUGUCCGAGAUAAUUUAUACCUGAAAAUGAGUGAACAUUUUCAGCAUAGUCUGUGUUCAGAUUCUGACUAUCAUCAUCAUUCUGACUAACAUGCCCUUUCUUUUUGUCUUGUAUAUCAUAUAACACACACUGCUAAUGUGUCUCAAACCUUUCCACAGUCAACAUUUCUGUCUUUGCUUCAGUUGGUUAUCAGUACAGUAUAUUCUGUCCACUUUUUUCUUUCUUGACCUCAUUUCACAUUUGUUUUUUUGUUUUUUUUGGGGGGGCAGUAUAAAUGCUCGGUACAAACCACAGGAAGAUGGGAUAUACUAUGGAACUGCUGGAGAUGAAAUUCCUCUUUGCAAAGUAUUGAGAUUACUUAGAUGUUGCAGACAACAAAUAA